AUUGACGUUACUUUUGCAAUGUUAUAGACGGAAAAAAUUUAUUGAUAGUUAUAAAGGACACUUAAAUCCAUGUUUUGUCCUAUAAAUUCAUAAAACAGAGUUACACUAACUUCCUGUAAUUCAACAAAUUAUCAAGAGCUUUUUAAUGAAAUUUUUGUGUUAUUGCUAAAAAAGGACAAAUACUGUUGCAUAGAACAUGUCGUUAAUGGGGUCGGCAUUAAUCAUUAUUCAAAUUAUAUUGAUGGUUCCUGCAAAGGAUUGUAACAGGAAUAAAUCUAAGUGUUGCUACAAUGAAUACUUUGACGCAAAUACUGGUAAAUGUAGCGUGUGUAUGAAUGGAAGCAUUGGAUGGAAUUGUGAAGAACCCUGUAUGUCAGGAUUUUAUGGUUAUCUCUGUUCAACGCCAUGUGAGUGUGAAGCUCACCUGUGUGAUAUUCAGACUGGAUGUCAGCCACGACAGGAACAAAAAUAUUCUUCAAUAGCCCCGAACAGUAACAGUAACGGAAUAGUCUUCACCUUAAACAGAUCACAUAACGAAAGAUCAAUCAAUGAGCAAGAUUCUACAAGAUAUCACCUCUUAAUUAUGGUCACCUUUGGUUUUGUGGUUUUUAUAAUUACAGUUGUCAUUCCAGCUAAUGUUUUAUACUUGCGAUGGACAAUUAAGCGAGAUAUAAACAUGGCGACGAAAAAUUCUUCAGAAAGAAAUGACACAAUUCGCCAAAACUAUUGUACACUUCGCCAAUUGACUAGCAGUCAUCAAGAUCUGAUCAAUAAUGAUGCUUUGAACUCAGCUUACGACGAAUUACAUUGUUCAUACAUGUAGUUUUUUUUUCAUUUUUGUAACAUUUAACUAUCGAAUGAAAAAAUAAAACAAACAAAAAAAUCGAAAAACAAAAGGCUUGUGGAAGAUUACACUAUCCUCAGUAUAUUAAACAUACUACAUAAAUACUGAUGUAUUUUGAAGAAAAUUACAUUAUAAUUUAUACAAUGCUAAAUGAAAUUUGAUUGUAUCUUUUUUAAACUUAAGUCAUUAGGUUUAUUUCAAUUUUGUUUUAUGUUAACUGUGUUUUAAUAAGUCAAGCAGGUUUGUGCUAAAUACAGAUCGUUAAAAUUAUGAGAAGUUGAUAUUAUUUUUGUUUUUUUAUUUUUAAUGCAUAUUCAAGUGCAACAUCAUAGAUAUGUAUCCAUACUAGACGCAGUUUUUUUUUCUAUGAGAUCAAUUUAAAAUAUAUUACCGAUCAAACCAAAUCUAACACCAGGAUAAACCCAGACUAAACCCCGGGUUUACUUUUGGGUUUAUUUAGGGUUUACUACAAGUUUAAUUUUGGAAAAUCUGUGUCCAGUUGGGUUUUACUUUGGGUCCACUCAGGGUUUACUUUAGGUUUACUCGCGGUUUGCAUUUGGGUUUAAAAUUGAGAUGUGAAGCAGACCUGUCUUUUAUCUCAUUAUCCCACUGUUUGUAAUUCUCACCUCUUGUAUAUUCGAAAUACACAAAUAGCGUCUGCUUCAGAAAGUCUACUUCUGAUCGGGGUUUAUUCUGGGUUUUCUUGGGUUUUCCUCAUGGUCUGCUUUAGUUUAUCCAGAGUAAACGAAGAUUAAACCAUUUAAGUAAAACCAGGGUUUAGUUUGGGUUUACUUUCUGUUAG